AUGUCCAGUCAUGAUUCCGAUUUGCCUAAGCAAGCAGAUGCUUCCGGUGGGAAGAACAGUUCCGGGAGUGUUUUAGUAUCAGAUGGCGAAGAUGAGUCUUUCCUAUCGAGAAGAACUCCAUCCAGAAGAACUAGCAGUAUAUUUUCCUUGGACACUACUCCAUUACAACCACCAAACGAAAUUGAUAUCAAGAAGUUUACAAGCGAUGACUUCCAUUUUAGUAUGAUCAGAAACCUACAUCUAGCUGAUUUCAUUACAUUGUUGAAUGGUUUCAGUGGAUUCUACUCAAUCGUGAGUUGUUUGAGAUUCACGCUGACAGGCAAGCCACACUAUGUACAAAGAGCACACUUUUUCAUUGUCCUUGGCAUAUUCUUUGAUUUCUUCGAUGGCCGUGUUGCAAGGUUAAGAAACAGAUCCUCGUUGAUGGGACAAGAAUUGGAUUCUUUGGCCGAUUUGAUCUCUUUCGGUGUAGCUCCAGCAUCCAUUGCGUUCGCAAUUGGAUUCAGAUCCACUGUAGACGUCCUAUUUUUGUCGUUUUUUGUACUAUGUGGUCUUGCAAGAUUGGCAAGAUUCAACGUUACCGUGGCUCAAUUGCCUAAGGACGUUUCAGGGAAAUCCAAGUUUUUCGAAGGUCUCCCAAUCCCAACCACCCUUUUCCUCGUCGGUGUGAUGGCAUUCCUCGUGCACAAAGGCCUAAUUGAAGACAACAUCCCACUAGGUAUCUAUGGCUCCCCAGAAUGGUACGAAUUCCAUCCUGCUGUCCUUCUGUUCUUCAUCCAAGGUUGCGGUAUGAUUUCCAAGAGCCUAAAGAUCCCAAAACCUUGA